AUGGUGAAGGUAUGUUCUAUCCCACUCACUGUGGUGAAGGUAUGUUCUAUCCCACUCACUAUGGUGAAGGUAUCUUCUAUCCCACUCACUAUAUCAAAGGUAUGUUCUAUCCCACUCACUAUGGUGAAGGUAUCUUCUAUCCCACUCACUAUGGUGAAGGUAUGUUCUAUCCCACUCACUAUGGUGAAGGUAUGUUCUAUCCCACUCACUAUAGUAAAGGUAUCUUCUAUCCCACUCACUAUAGUAAAGGUAUGUUCUAUCCCACUCACUAUGGUGAAGGUAUCUUCUAUCCCACUCACUAUAAUAAAGGUAUGUUCUAUCCCACUCACUGUGGUGAAGGUAUGUUCUAUCCCACUCACUGUGGUGAAGGUAUGUUCUAUCCCACUCACUAUGGUGAAGGUAUCUUCUAUCCCACUCACUAUGGUAAAGGUAUGUUCUAUCCCACUCACUGUGGUGAAGGUAUCUUCUAUCCCACUCACUAUGGUGAAGGUAUGUUCUAUCCCACUCACUGUGGUGAAGGUAUGUUCU